ACGAAAGAAAUGGUGAAUACAUUGCCAUGACACGUCAGCUUAAAUGACCAAACCCGAUAUAUGGUUUUGCUAAUUUCAAACCACGCUAACCUAAUCUUGUUGAAAUUAAUGCCACCAAUAUUCAAAAUAAUAAUACUAACCUUUUUGAAACAUUAAAUUAAAUUUUCUACAACACACCUAUAUAUCAUCAGUCUUGCUGGCAAAAAUCCAUCAUUAAAUUUUGGUCGGUCAAAAGAAAUCUAAUAGAUCGCCACAUAUCCCUUAUGUUAUAAAGCACAUCAUAUCAUAAACUCAUUCACAUUUGAUAUUGUUACACGUACACAUGGCGCCAAUGUCAGUGGACCGUCUCUGUUUCGUAUUACCGGCGGAAUCCGGCGAGUUAAAGCCCUCCGUAGAGUCUCCGGCCAUGGUUGAGGAGACCAAGGAAGAGGAGAAGAAGAGUCGUGACUGUGGACGUCAAGUCGUGAGUUUGGUCGGAGAUUUAUUCCGGCGGUUACACAGCUCCAAGUUGGUGAAAAGCUUGAAUCUUUGUAUCAGCGAGAGAGAUAAAGAUUCCAACUUUCUGGAGAUCAACGAUAAACCCUUCACUGACAUGGAAGGUGUUCAGCUCUCCGGCAAGAUCGGCGCCGAGAACCCGAGAAUCUUCGGAUACUCCGAGCUCUACAUCGGCUCUAAUGGUUUCAGCGACGAGUUGAUCCUCGGAAGCGGCGGGUUCGGCCGUGUUUACAAGGCGGUGCUACCUAGCGACGGAACCACCGUGGCUGUCAAAUGCUUGGCGGAGAAAAAAGGAGAGCAGUUCGAGAAAACGUUCGCGGCGGAGCUUGUCGCCGUAGCUCAGCUCCGGCACCGGAAUCUCGUGAAAUUAAGAGGGUGGUGUUUAAACGACGGCGAAUUGCUUUUGGUUUACGACUACAUGCCUAACCGGAGCUUAGACCGGGUGCUUUUCCGUAGCCCGGAGAUGAACUCUAAAUUUAAACCGUUGGAUUGGGACCGGAGGGGUAAAAUCGUAAAAGGACUCGCCGCGGCUUUGUUCUACCUCCACGAGCAGUUAGAGACGCAGAUCAUUCACCGAGACGUGAAGACGAGCAACGUGAUGCUGGACUCCGAGUUCAACGCUCGGCUCGGCGAUUUCGGCUUGGCUCGGUGGCUAGAACACGCUGUUGAAGAGCCCGAGUUCGAUACGAGUUACGACUCGGUUUCCUCCUUUAGAAACCACCAGUUCCGAGUCGCUGACUCGACGCGAAUCGGCGGGACAAUCGGGUACUUACCGCCGGAGAGCUUCAGGAAGAAAACCGUCGCCACCGCUAAAACAGACGUGUUCAGCUUCGGCGUCGUGUUGCUAGAAGUCGUCUCCGGGAGACGCGCCGUCGACCUCUCGUUCUCGGAGGAUAAGAUCGUUUUGCUCGACUGGGUUCGGAGGCUAUCCGAUGAUCGGAAGCUACUCGCCGCCGGCGAUUCUCGGCUUCCGAAAGGCUCUUACGUCGUCUCCGACAUGAAGAGGAUGAUCCAUCUCGCUCUUCUCUGCUCCUUGAACAACCCGCAUCUUCGUCCCAGCAUGAAAUGGGUGAUCGGAGCACUUUCCGGCGAAUUCUCCGGCAACUUACCGGCGUUACCUUCCUUCAAAAGCCACCCUCUUUACAUUCCUUUAUCUUCUUUAAAAUCAUCCUCAACGUCGGGGACAACGACGACCACCGCGACGACAACGAUUCCUACAACUUCAACGACAAGUUUAAACGCGUCUUCGGAGGCAACACCGUCGUCAAAUUACGUUACUGCCCUCGAGGAUUCUAUUUACCAGACGGCAGAGACGGGAGAGAAUCGGUAUUUUACUAACAACAGCCGUCGGGUGAUGUCAUCAAAGUCUUUCGUGUUGGACACGCCAAGGGAGAUCUCAUACAACGACAUUGUUUUAGCUACUGACAACUUCUCAGACGCGCGUCGUGUAGCUGAGGUUGAUUUCGGUACGGCUUAUUACGGUUUACUAAACCGGGAUCAGCAAAUUGUGGUGAAACGUCUCGGUAUGACGAAAUGUCCCGCGCUAGUUACACGGUUCUCCACCGAGCUGCUCAACCUAGGCCGGCUACGUCACCGUCACCUUGUCAUGCUCCGCGGGUGGUGCACGGAACACGGCGAAAUGCUUGUUGUGUAUGAUUAUUCGGCGAACCGGAAGCUAAGCCAUCUUCUUUUCCAUAGCCAGGGGACCACGGUUUUGCGAUGGAAAACCCGGUACAACGUGAUUAAAUCGCUUGCGUGCGCCGUACGUUACCUCCACGAGGAAUGGGAUGAGCAAGUUGUUCACCGGAACAUAACUUCUUCUACAAUCUUUCUCGACCGAGACAUGAAUCCGCGGCUAUGCGGAUUCGCGCUGGCCGAGUUUUUAUCUAGGAAUGAUCAGGCACAUCAAGCUGCCAAGAAGAAGGGCUCAGCGCAAGGGAUUUUUGGUUAUAUGGCACCAGAAUACAUGGAGUCCGGAGAAGCAACGACAGCAGCUGAUGUGUACAGCUUCGGCAUGGUGAUACUCGAGAUGGUUACGGGCCAGCCCGCGGUGGACUAUACGAGGAAGAAGGAAGACGCUCUUUUGGUGUUGAGAAUCCGUGACUUAGUUGGUAACAAGAAAAAACCAUUGGAGGAGAUCGCAGAUGUGCAUCUAGAUGAUGAGUACGAGAGGGGAGAGAUGGCGAGGGUAUUGAGGUUAGGAUUGGUUUGCACAAGAACCGACCCAAAGCUAAGACCUAGCAUUAGCCAAGUGGUGUGUACAUUGGAUGGAAGUGAGAGGUUUUUUAAAGAGGAAGGAGGAAAGGAAGGUGACGUGAGCCGCAAGCAGAUGUAUGAUUCGUCUAUAUUGAUGGUUAGACAAAUGCAGGCGCUAGGGAUUCAUUAAGUUAUGUUUAGUGAAGUAAAUCUUAGUAAUAUAUAUGUAAUCAAAGUUGUAAUGCAUGUAUUUUUCAUGCCUUAAUAUAUUUGUGUUUGUUAUGUAAAGAAGAUUCUAAGUUGUGUUAAAUAGUCUUUUGGUGGAA